CGCUGCUGCUGGUGCGUUCGCCCGUUAGUAGAGCGCUGUAGCCACAGCGAGACGCUGAAAGUGGACGACCGUGUGUUUUCACGGCACAAAUCCUAAAAUAGCCGCUGUUUUAUCACACACAAAAUCACAGAAAUGCGCCGGAAAUCUAGGAUAUUAUUAUGUUUCGCUGUGCUCUGGGUCCUAGGCAUAGCAUAUUAUUUCUACUCGGGGACAACGCUGAGUCGAAAGGAUGACUGGAGUGGAAUUAAUUCAAACAGAAUUCAAUCACACAGCAAUGCAGAUGACAAAGCCCAAAGCCUAGAGACCCUUCCUCCAGGUAAGGUUAGGUGGCAGGACUUUGACCAGGAUCUGUACGUGGGAGCAACCGUAGUGAAGCCAGGGCAGGAUCCCUAUGCCCGCAACAAGUUCAACCAGGUUGAGAGUGACAAACUCAGAAUGGACCGCAGCAUCCCUGACACAAGACAUGACCAUUGUCGUCACAAACAGUGGAGGACAGAUCUUCCUGCAUCCAGCGUGGUUAUCACCUUUCACAACGAGGCACGUUCAGCCCUCCUACGCACUGUGGCCAGUGUACUAAAGAAGAGCCCUGCCCAUCUGGUCAAAGAGAUCAUCUUGGUGGACGACUACAGCGACAACCCUGAAGAUGGUGCCUUGCUUGGGAAAAUUGAGAAAAUCAGAGUCCUACGGAACGAUCGACGAGAGGGCUUGAUGCGAUCCCGUGUCCGAGGUGCAGAUGCAUCCACAGCCAGUGUACUGACCUUCCUUGACAGCCACUGCGAGUGUAACGAACACUGGUUGGAGCCCCUACUAGAAAGGGUUGCAGAGGAUAAGUCUCGGGUUGUCUCGCCCAUCAUAGAUGUCAUUAACAUGGAUAAUUUCCAGUAUGUGGGGGCAUCCGCAGAUCUUAAAGGAGGUUUUGAUUGGAAUCUUGUGUUUAAAUGGGACUACAUGACCCUGGAACAAAGACGAGCACGACAAGGAAACCCCAUUGCACCUAUCAAGACGCCCAUGAUUGCUGGUGGUCUUUUUGUAAUGGACAAGGAUUACUUUGAGGAGCUUGGGAAGUACGAUAUGAUGAUGGAUGUUUGGGGGGGAGAGAAUCUAGAGAUCUCAUUCCGUGUGUGGCAGUGUGGAGGUAGUCUGGAGAUCAUUCCCUGCAGUCGAGUGGGCCAUGUCUUCAGGAAACAGCAUCCAUACACUUUCCCAGGGGGCAGUGGUACUGUAUUUGCCAGGAACACAAGGCGAGCGGCAGAGGUGUGGAUGGAUGACUUCAAGAAUUUCUACUAUGCUGCUGUGCCAUCAGCCCGUAAUGUACCUUAUGGCAACAUACAGAGCAGGCUGGAGAUGAAGAAGAGGUUAGAUUGCAAACCAUUCAAGUGGUACCUGGAAAACGUCUAUCCUGAACUACGGGUCCCAGAUCAUCAGGACAUUGCAUUUGGAGCAUUACAGCAGGGCCAGAACUGUCUAGACACACUGGGACACUUCGCUGAUGGUGUGGUGGGGGUGUAUGAAUGCCACAACGCAGGGGGAAAUCAGGAAUGGGCCCUGACUAAAGACAAAUCAGUAAAACACAUGGAUCUGUGUCUAACGGUGGUGGAUCACACCACUGGCUCGCAGAUCAAACUGCAGGGCUGCAGGGAAAAUGACAGCAGACAGAAAUGGGAGCAAAUUGACAACAACUCCAAACUGCGGCACGUAGGCAGCAAUCUGUGCCUUGACAGCCGGGGCGCCCGGAACGGUGGCCUGACGGUGGAGGUGUGCAGCCCCUCGCUCACGCAGCAGUGGAAGUUCACUCUCAACCUGCAGCCCUAGCUCGACACCACCAGUUCCAGUCCUCCCCUUCUUGCCUUCGGACAGCCCGCGCUGAGCACGCACUCGCCCCUCUGAGAUAUCGCUGCCCAGAUACAGACUCAGGGCCGCCACAGCGCGGUCGCUCUGGUCCUCAAAGGCCACAGGGCCACGAAAUCACAAACAAGAUGAUGAUGACAAUUUCCAUCUAACUAUAUACCUCACUGUUUUGUCUUUUGUCCAGCUCUUGAAAAGUGAAUUUAAUUGUCUAUACUAAAUUGAGAUUUUUUUGGGGGGUUUUUCAUCCUGUUUCCGAUGUAAACGAAAAGGAUCUGCUUUCUCUCAUAAUUGUUUUUUUUCUUGUCUUUUAUUUUGUGCCAUUUUGAGUCAUUUUCUUAAAUGAAUUUCAGCACAUUUUUUUGUUGACGUUCAUUGUUCUUAUUUUUCUAGUCACAUUACCACGUAUUGUUGAAUGUAAAUGAGGAUGUUUUAUGGAGGAUCCCUGCCUGCGCUGUUAUCAGUCUGGAUUUUGAAUGAAGACAGUUUUAGUCUGGUUUGAUUUGGGCUGAUGGGGAGGACUCAUUUGUUGUGUGCAUGCUCACAGACACACUGACUGUGGAGGACAUUGUCAGCCUUGUAUUUUUCAACUUGCAGUGUGCACACAAAAAGAGCAGGAAAAAAAAUGGAGACCUUUUUUUUUUCUUCUAUAGUUUCUAUUGAAUUGUCAAACCUGUUAUGUCUUAAAGGUGCAAUUUGUAAAGAUUCAGCCAGCUUCCUCUAAAGGCCCCUGGUGUGUUCUGAAGGAGAACCAAGGCAUUGUACAGAACAUUACUGCUGGAUUCACAUACUGUAGCACUGGCUGCUAACAAUUCAGUGUCUGUACUUGUCUUCAAACAAAAACAUCGGUUUCUCAGUUGCAUUUUUCUCAGUAAUAAUGUUAUUUCUUGUUCCAAUUAUCUUUUCUUUUUUUUUUUUUGGCAAACUGUAUUAUGUAAAAUAAUCAAGUUUGAUAACCUGGUAUCUACAACAGACAAAAUUCCUGAAACUUUGCUCCUGUCUUUGGGUUUCAAGCAGAGAUGUAUGUGUAUUACUCAUCGUCUUAACUCUUUGUCCACCACUUUGAUGUGUAACAAACUGUUUGUAUUCUGCAUAAUUUAAUGGGUAACAUGGGAGUUGUAAAGGCUUGAAAUCGCUCAUGAACUGUCCUUCUGUCUUACAUUCCUGGUUGUUUCAUUAAGAUUAAUCAUGAUUUUUUUUUUUUAGCAACUGUGGACAAACGUGGCACAUUAUACUGUUACUUGAGCAUCCUUAUCUUUUUCAGUGGUUAAAAGUUAAUGCCUUUGUUAUCCAUGAUACUGUAAAGAAAAUGUGAGUUUUUUUGUGUUGCAAAAGCUUUCAAAGUGUGCAUUAGAAUAGCAUUUGCCACUUAACUGGAUUUACAAAUGAUAAAAGCAACUGGGUUUGUGUUCGUGUAUUGUAUGUGUGUACGCGAGACUCGCUCAUUCAUUUUAUCUUUUCAUUCAUUUCCCCUAGGAUAUUUCAAGUUUUCACAUAAAAAAAAACAUUGCACAUUUUUGUGGUAAUUCAGUUGUCACUGUUUAAUCUUAACAGAACUAGUGUUACUGUAAAUUAGUGAACAAAGAAGCCUGUGAUAUAUAAAAUCAAGUCAUUUAAUCCAUUUGACCUGUCUUUCAUGUAUACCUGAGCUGGGAUAACGGCGUAGCAUUAUGAGUAACUUAUUGUAGGGUAGGAAAUCAAGACUAAAUGAGUCCCUGACUUCCUUUUGGUCAGCUCUCCUCAUGUAUCUGCAGUAAAUGUUAUGUUAAUCUUUGACUUGUAUGUGUUUGAUUCAUCUACACCCCCUGUGUUGUCCCAGAUAUUACAGUUCUCCAUCAGUGAGUUAGAAGAUGGCAAGAAGUUGCAGGGAAGGGAUAGUUCACCAUAAUUAAGUGUCAUUAUUUUCUCACUCUCCUGUUGUUCCAAAUGUGUUAGACUUUCUUUUUUUGUAUGUGGAACACAAAAGGAGAAAAUGACAGCCUCAGUCACUAUUCACUUUUAUUGCAUCUUUUUUUCUCUCUCUAUACUAUGAAAAUGAAUAGUGACUGAGCCAUUUCUUUUUAUACUCCACAGAAGGAAGAAAAUCAUACAAGCUUGGAACAACUUAUGGUAGAGACAGAAUUGUUGGGCGAAGUAUCCCUUUAAGUGAAUCUGGGCAGAGAUGGUGUGGCCUUUAGUGUGGGGUCCAGUCCAGUCCAUAUGGGGUCUGUGUUUUGAAGUGUCAUCAGGCUUCCUGUAGUCAGAUGAAUUUGCUGCUCCUAGUGGAUGACCACAUGAAUAGAGGCAGCUGGGAGAGAGCAAAGUAAAUGUGAAUCAUGCCACCUUUCAUCAGUUUAAAAGGAGAAGCCAAUAAAAUAGGUUUGCCUAUGCUUGCAUGUCAACAUGUUGGUAGUAUAGUGUAGUGCAACAAAGUUAAAAGGAUAGUUCAUCCCAAAAUGAAAAUUCUGUCUUUACUUUUAUUAUGUUUCAAACUGGUGUGACUUUCUUCCGUGGAACACAUAAGAUGUUAGGCAGUAUGUUGGUGUCAGUAGCCAUUCGUUUUCAUUGCAUGAUGGGUGACUGAGACUCGUUCUGCUUAAAGGGAUAGUUCACCCAAAAAUUAUCAUUUACUCAACCUCAUGCCAACCCAGAUGUGUAUGACUGACUUCUGCUGAAAACAUACAAUGUCCAUACAAUGCAAUUGAAUGGUGACAAAUUGUGAAGCUCAAAAAUCACUCAGACGCCUCAUAAAAGCAUCCAUCCAACUCCACUGGUUUAAUCCAUAUCUUCUGAAGCUAUUUAAUAGAUCUGGGUGAGAAACUAUAAAUCUUCACUUUCACAUUUUAAAAGCAUUCAAUUGCAUUAUAUAGACCUACAGAGUGGGGAUAUUUUCAAAAAAAUCUUAAUUUGUGUUCUGCAGAAGAAAGUAAGUCAUACUCAUCUGAGAUUGCAUGAGGGUGGUAAAUUAUGAAAGAAUUUACAUUUUUGGGUAACUAUCCCUUUAAAAUCUGCUUUUGAGUUCUCUGGAAGAAAUCGAGUCAUAUGGGAUUGGAACAACACUAGAAUAAAUGAUAACAGAAUUUAAACAUUUUGGUUAAAAAGAACAUAUCCCUAUAAGGUCAAUUUAGGUUUUGUAAAGGUUUUGUCUUUGAAUUAUGGAUUUUUUUUGGAUAACACAAGCCAAAUUAGGAGCAAUAUGUGAUGGCUAAUUUUUGAAUCGAAUGAAAUGUUUACAUAGCACAGUGUGCCAAAGUCAUUUACUGUUUGAUGGAAAGAUGGAAACACAGUACCUAGGACAGUUGUCCUUUCAGUAAAUGAAGGACAUGUGACCCCAAUAUUAUUAUUAUAAUUUUUUUCUUUUGUCUUUUUGGUUUCCUUUAAUGCAAGAUUUAGGAAAAUCUUGAUGUUAAAUUUAACGGCAAAGGAAGCCGCAUGGGGUCAGCAGUUGUAAAAGUGUAUAUGUGUGUAUGUACAGUAUGUAUGUCCAUGCAUGUACAUUUACACUCAUUCAGUUGCAGUUGUAGUGAUUUGGUCAACUGUACAGCGCUUGUAUUUGUUAAUUGUUUUAUAGAUAUUGCAAAAGUUUGAAUGAUGAAAAAUUAUUAACUUAAAUAAAAAAAAUGUAUAUACAUAACUACAGGUGUCUCCACAGUGUCUUCACAGAUCAGGGAUGGUACAAGGCAUUUGUUCCAAGUCGAGGUGUUGUGGUUUAUUUUAUGAGUACCUGUGAGUCUUUGAGUACUGUUUUGUUAGACAGAUUUGUGUUAAAGUGCUUGAGCCAUAUAUUUAUUACUUAUUAGGCUGCAUAUAACAGGUAAAAAAAAGUAUGCAUAAAUAUUCAUCAAUGUCCUGUUGAAAUGAAAAUGAAAACUGAAUUGUAAUUCUGACAAAACUAUGUGAUCAAUGGUCAUUAACAUCCAAUUACAAAACACUAUGUAUUGUAAUCCAGUGGUUCUCAACUGGUUUUGAUUCAGGAACCAGAUUUUACAUUGGACAUCAAUUGGUGAUCCAGCACUGUAUAAAAAUAGUUUGUUCUUCAAAAGUUAACAAAUUUAGUGAAUUUGGUGACAGUAUGCCGAAAGUUCUGCUGCAGAAAUCGGUCUGUGCUUAC